AUUAGAGUUGGACUGCUUUUCAGCGCAACGUAUGUGAUGUGAUGCUGACCUGCCUCAGGUAUUCGAACCCCUUCUUUCAAAUCUUUCACAUGGUUGUUUGGUAUAUAUGUACAGGUUCUCUCCCUUCAGGUCCGGUAGAACAACCACAGACGCAACAUGCAGCCCGUCCCCGCAGGUUACCCCAUAGAACAACUGUCUGGACCUCUGAUCAUUGCCUAUCUCUUACACUGGGGACUCUUCGGGACUCUUUCUGUGCAACUCUAUCUGUACUAUCUAGCAUUUCCGAAAGACAGACGAUCUACAAAAUGCCUUGUCUAUGGAAUCUACAUUGUCGAGUUUGUUCAGACGAUGCUCGUUACCCAUGAUGCCUUUGCAGAGUUUGGGUAUGGCUUCGGCGACAUCGAUGCCCUGACUGGAAUGUAUUUUAAUUGGCUAACUGUCCCUAUCAUGAGCGCUGUCGUUGCUGGUGUCGGACAGGUCUUUUAUGCAUACCGAAUCUUCAUAUUGUCAAGAUCACGAACCGUCCCGAUAUUCAUCGCCUGUGUGUCCUUGACCAGCUCUGUGGCAGCUAUAAUCACAGGCGCCUACUGUUUUCAAACAGGGAACAUCGCCGACACCCAUAACACGCGGUUGUCUAUUGCCAUUGGAAUUUGGGGCGGAGCAGCAGCCUUGUGUGAUAUUCUCAUCGCUAUCUGCAUGACUUAUUACCUUAUGCGCGGUGAUGCUGAUGUCCGUCAGACACAAAUUCUAGUCACCAAACUAAUUCGUCUCAUCAUUGAAACGGGAACUGUGACAGCUGCUGCUGCUCUAGUCAACCUUAUCCUCUUUUUUUCCUUCCCUCAUCAGGCAUUGGACGGGACAACAGCCUUCGUCAUCCCUAAGCUGUAUGCUAAUACCAUUUACAUGGUGCUGAACUCGCGAUUCCGAAUUAUGGGUGGACGGGAUACAUAUACGUCUCCUACUGAUACGAGCACUACGAGCACUACGAUGGAGGAUAUGACCUUCCAAUCAACAGAACGCCCACAGCCUGCAGACGGGACGGAAGGACAGGUGUCAGUGGUCGUGAUAUCUAAAGAAGUAUUCAACAACAGGUUAAAUAACAAACCACAGGACGGCGAUAUGAGCUUCCCUACGUAACUGAUAGAGCAUCAAUACCAAAGGUUACGACCUUGUGUGCUGCUGUGCGAUGUGUAGGAAUUUAUACUCAGAAUUACUUCUUCUCAACUGCCAAUGAGGUGUAAACAAAACAUGAAUGUC